AUAAAGCAGUGAAGAGACACUGAAGGAGGUAUUAUAUGCCUUACUGAUCAGAAAACUGUUUCUAAGUAUACUUCAGAAAUAUACAUACAAACUACAUAUAUAUGUGGUAAAAUCUACGAAGGGUAUUUUUUUUAAUAGGUUGAAAGUGUGUGGAGAGCAUGGGUUAUGACAUUGAGCGUUUUGUGGGCUACGUUAACGAAGGGCUGUUGUGCUCCAUCUGCCGAGACGUGUUAGAGAAUCCAUUGCAGGCUCCCUGCGAACACGCUUUCUGCACUGCCUGCAUCCAUGGCUGGCUUGUUCAUCACAGUAACUGCCCUGAAGACAGACAAGCAAUUGAUGUGUCUUUGCUACGACCUCUCUACAGAUACAUGAAAAAUGAUCUAAACCGUCUUCAGCUGCAUUGCAGAAACAGAGAGUACGGCUGUGAAAUGGUUUGUUCUCUGGAGUCUAUAGACAGGCAUGAAAGGGAGUGUGAGUACAGUCAGAUUCCUUGCUCCAAUGCUGGUUGUACAGUGCAGAUCGAGCGCCGUAACUUGGAUGGUCACCUGGCCGUGUGUGAGUACCGGAGCCGUGAGUGCCCCAAUGGCUGUGGUUACACCAUUCUCAGCGCAGAAGACACACAGCACAAUUGUGUAGCAGAGCUAAGAACGGAGCUGGAACUGCUUCGGUCAGAAAUGAUCUGCAGAGUGGAGGAGGCAAAACAUGAGAUGGAGUCAAGAUUAGAUUCACAGAGAAGGCAUAUGGUCCAAAAAGAGAGUAUUCUGCAAAAUGAAAUUGAAGAACUAAAGAGUCAGAUAUCACGACUGAUGUCAGAUGUACGCUCUCUGAUGGCUGCAGAGAGACAGCACCGUCAGGAGCUGGAGCAGGCAGAGCUGGAAAAACGGGAGUUAAUGGAGCUGCUAAAGGGGCUGCAGAAGGACUGCCGAUUAACUACUACAGAGGGAAGCAAGAAGUCAAUGAAUUUCCGUCCUCUGACACGACUAGAGAGUGUAAAAAGAAAGCCUAGAGAAGUUACAGUUAUCUAAGCAGUAGUAAGCUCAAAAAAUGUUUUCUUCUAAUACUGGCUUCUGACAAACUUCUCUACUUCCUUCGGAUGAUUGGUAAACUUUAUAUCGUUUC